CGCUGGGCCGGUAGUUCCCCACCACGCCACCCAUGGACUUUCCCCCGCAUAUCCCGGUAACACAUUUUCUAUACGGAUAGGACGGGCAGCAAUUGAAAAUACUGCCGAGUGCCCACCCAAGUAGGUGAUAUGUAGCUGGUAUGUAGGUAUGAUGAAUAUUUACCUUAGGUAUCUAGCUACGACCUUUGUGACAAAACCUCCGGCUUGCUAAAGCUACCCCUUUUUCAUCUCUUCUAAUUGGGAUAGAAAAUUAACCAUCUCGGCUUAAGCUUGGCGCUGUUCAAACCUACCUAGGCAGGUACGUACGCUAUCUGGGUGGUUUGCAGUACCGGUACGUCCAACAACGCAACAGCUUAUCUCCAACAGCUCUCCUCCCCAACAUCACCUCAAAGCAGAAGUAUACAAGAAACCGUCAAUUCCAGCUUCGCUCCAUCUUACGCCAGAGCUGGCAACCACGAAACAAACAAAAAAAAACCGCAAUCAUGGCGGCUGCCUCUGUUCACAAUGAUCUAAAGCGGAUAAACCUUACCAACAUCGCCCACGUCACCUACAAAUACAAGGAUGUCGCCAAGGCCCGUCAAUUCAUGGAGGACUUUGGCUUCUACGAGACCAAGCGUGUAGGCGAAAAGACCUAUUACCGCGGUUACGGCUCCGAGCCCUUCGUCUUGUGCAUCGAUCAGGCCGACCAAGAUGAGUUUGGCGGCGCCGCCUUUGCCGUCGAGUCCGAGGAGGAUCUGAUGCACGCCUCCAAGACACUCCCCAAGGAAUGCAAGCCCUCUGAAGUCUAUGAUCUCACGGACGCUCCUGGCGGCGGCAAAGCCGUGACCUUUUAUGAUCCCGUUGACGGCUUCCCGUUUCACCUGGUACACGGCCAGGAAAAGGUGGAUGUCAGGGACCCUCAGUUCCCAGACCUCAAGGUCAACUACCCUCUCGAGAAGACGCGCCCUGUCAACAGUUUCCAGCGCUUCCAGAAGAGGCCGGCACCGGUGCACAAGCUGGGUCAUUUCGGCAUGUGCGUGACCAACUUUGCCAAGUGUUACGAAUUUUACUCGACCCGGUUCAACUUUUUCCCGAGCGAGUUGGCCUACAAUGAGAAAGAAGAGGACGUUACAGUCUUCUUCCGCCUGAACAGGGGGUCUCAAAAGGUUGACCACCACUGCUUCUUCUUUUUCGAAGGGCCCAAGAUGCACGUCCACCACUCUUCUUUCGAGACGCACGACUUUGACACCCAGGUCCUGGGUCACGAUUGGCUGCGCGAGAAGGGCUACGAGAACUGCUGGGGUGUUGGCAGGCACAUCAUGGGCAGUCAGAUCUUUGACUAUUGGUUUGACCCUGCUCGCUUCAUUAUGGAGCACUAUGUGGAUGGCGAUCUGCUCGACAUGUCGGAACCGACACACCGCAUGGCGGCUUCUCCGGAUACUUUGUAUGUCUGGGGCCCUGAUGUCCCGGAAACUUUCCUGACCUGAAUGAGCGACAACACAACAAAAGGAUGUAUGCGUCAGGCGUUGCAGCGACGUGAUAUUUAAAAGUCUAGCCUGAAGUGACAUUCACCCGGUCUCCUCAUCUGUCAAUUUUUUAACUACAUAGGUGGAAAGAAAACGUAUUGGUUUAUUGCCUGGCUAUAAAGUCUACCUGCUGUAUAAUCAUAAUGUUCCGGUGUGAUUUAGAUGCCUACGGCGAUUGCGUCGAGCUUCUCAUGCUGUAAACUAGCUUUGAGUUGAAUACUUUGAGCGGACCUUCUUCCGCAAAUAGUAGAUAGUGAUGAACCGCUUGCAGACAAAC